CGGAGCUGCGGAGAGACAAAAGAAGAGUCAGGCAGCCCCCGCGAGGCAGCGGCUUCCCGUGGCUGCCAUCACUCCGGUUGCUCGCCGCACCCCUCGUCUGCGGACACUUGCUACUGCUGGGGAGGGAGAGGGCGGCUGCAGCUGAAGGAAAUCCCCCACCCGCCCUUCGCUCCAUGGCCGAGCAGCCCUGAGGCGUGCGGCGGCUGGAGCUGGAGCCCCGAGGAGAAGCGCGCGAGGCCCCGCAGCCGCCUCCGCGGGCGCUUUCUCUGGAUCCUCCGCGGGAUUCUCGCCUUGGCGGCCGGGCGGCGCACGAUGCGCCCUGCUGCUCUCUUCUGAUCGCCAGCCCCACCGCGAUGAUCUCCCCGGAACAGCAGCAGCAACAGCAGCCCAACCAUGUCGUGGCGACCAUUGAGAAUCUGCCUCCCGAGGGCAGCGGCGGCGGCGGCAGCCGGAGCUGCAUCUCCGCCCCGCCUUCCUCCAGUGUGCGCCAGAAGAUCCGUAAAGUGUUUAACAGGGAGCUCCUGUUGUCUGUAGCUUUGGGGCAAGUCUUAUCCCUGCUAAUCUGUGGUAUUAGCCUAACCAGCAAGUAUUUGUCGGAUGAUUUUCAUGCCAACACUCCUGUGUUUCAGAGCUUUCUGAACUACAUUCUCCUAUUUUUGGUCUACACCACAACAUUAGCUGUUAGACAAGGUGAAGAAAAUUUAUUGGCAAUCUUGAAACGAAGAUGGUGGAAGUACAUGAUCCUUGGAAUAAUAGAUAUAGAAGCGAAUUACCUGGUAGUUAAAGCUUAUCAGUAUACCACUUUUACUAGUGUACAGCUCCUAGAUUGUUUUGUGAUUCCAGUUGUGAUCUUACUUUCUUGGUUCUUCCUCCUGGUACGAUAUAAAGCAGUGCACUUCAUCGGUAUUGUGGUCUGUAUUCUGGGUAUGGGCUGCAUGGCAGGAGCAGAUGUUCUUGUUGGAAGGCAGCAAGGAGCAGGGGAAAAUAAACUUAUAGGUGAUCUUCUAGUACUAGGUGGGGCCACUCUCUAUGGCAUCUCCAAUGUCUGCGAGGAGUACAUCGUACGGAAUCUGAGUAGGGUGGAGUUCCUAGGGAUGAUUGGACUCUUUGGUUCCUUCUUCAGUGGAAUUCAGCUUGCCAUAAUGGAACACAAAGAAUUGUUAAAAGUUCCCUGGGAUUGGCAAAUAGGAUUACUGUAUGUUGGCUUUAGUGCCUGCAUGUUUGGCCUCUAUAGCUUCAUGCCUGUGGUCAUUAAGAAGACGAGCGCUACAGCAGUCAACCUCUCCCUUCUUACAGCAGAUUUGUACAGCCUUUUCUGUGGAUUCUUUCUCUUCUACUACAAGUUUUCAGGACUUUAUCUACUAUCAUUCUUCACAAUCCUCAUUGGCCUGUUGCUGUACUUCUCUACAUCCACAUACACUGCCCAAGACCCACGGGUGUACAAGCAGUUCCGAAAUCCUUCAGGACCUGUUGUAGACUUGCCAGCCACUGGGCAGCUAGAACCUUCAGUAACAUACACCAGCCUUGGCCAGGAAACGGAAGAAGAAUCUCACAUCCGUGUUGCCUAAACUCAGGCCCUUGCCACUGUUGGUGGAGUUUGUAUCACCAUUAUCUCUGUCUCAUUCAUAGAGAAAGGUAUUUUCCGGAUGCAGUUACUCCAGUCAGCUGCAAGGUAGCAAAUAGGGGAGGCUUGUUAAAAACCACCACCACCACCAUUAAAAUCUUUCCAAGAAUGCUUGACUAGGAGCUGUAACUUACAGUCCUUUACUUAGAGCAGUGCUUUUCAAUCUGACAAUCUCAUUAAGGUUUUCUUAAGGAGAAGUUCUGAAAUGGUAGGGGAACUUUCCUGAAGGACAGGUUGCCUACCUCCAAACUUCCAUUGGAAUGGAACCAAUAUGUAUGUAGUAGAGGGCACACUCAGUUUAUAAAGGAUGAGGCAAACAGGUUUGGCCAGUGCCAUAUCUGAACUGAAAAUCCACCCUACAAUAUACCCUGAGACUUUUCUGCAAUUUGCUGUAGAAAUGCAGAAGACUCAGUAGAUUGGGGGGUGAGGGUGGAGAUCACAAGGAAACUGGUGGACAAGUAUCUCCCAAUGUCACUUUGUUAACCUUUUCCAUAUGGAAUACUGAACCAACAGUACAGUAUUAAAGUCUCUGAACAGAAUUAAGAUGACUUAAAAUUGCUCUGAUUUUUAGCAGAAAUGCCAUUCAAGUCACAAGAUGCUAAGACAUAAAGGAUUUAGGAGAUGGUUUUUAAAAUGUUGGUUCAUAGUGUCUUUUGCCCAAAGAUUGACUGUUUUGGUACACCAUAUUUAACAGAUAGGAUGAACUCUGAAAGAUAAUUCUUCAUUAAGAUAUAUAUUUUCCUGACCAAGCAGGCAAAGUGACACUGGUAGAUUAUUUUCCACUGUUACACUCAUGCAUUUUUCAUUCAGAAAAUACUGAGAAAUAUUUUUGUGCAGUUUUGUCUAGAUGGGCUUGAAAAAGAACUCAAAUGCAGGUGAUGCUGAUGGGAAAGAGAUGAGAUGAGAAUUGAAUACCAGAUGAGAAUUCAAACAGUUGACUGUGGAUGGGUUAUCUUCAGUUCUUUUCAGCCCCUAGAGCUCCCACCAGUCCUUUUGCUUCCCUCUUUCCAAGGCAAAACAAAAAACAACCCCCCCACACCCACCUUUACCUGGGGAAAAGGACUACAGGACAGUGUCAAAUGCUCCAAUCAAUGGGUAGAUUCCAACUGGGGAUCUGGGAUUUGACUACAAGUCCCCAAAUCCCUGCCAGAAAAAUUCACUCUGCAUACCAAUUCCUGCCAUGAAUGAGUACUCUUCCUCAGUGACAAAUAAUUUCUGGAACAUUAAUGCCAAAUUUGUAUUCAAGUUCCAGGUAGCCAACAAGAAAGGAUAUGAUUUUGUGCAUCUGAAAAAAUGUCUGCCACUGCUGCUCCUUACCUCCUCUUUUGGUUUGGAGAAGUGGGAGAGAAAGACGCAGGCUUUCAAUAGGGCCUGAUUAGUGUGUUUGAGUGAAAACUUGAACACCUCUGAGUGUUUUCAGGAUGAAUGGGGAUGUGAUCACCAACUGCUAGUGGAAAGGGAUUAUAAAUAUAGGAAGCAAGAAAACUAUCACUGUUGGUAAUCAGCACUUAAUGCAACAAGGGAAAAGCAAAGUAGGGCCAUAUGUACAUAGACACUAUCAACUUUUGUCCAGUUGAGGUACACAGAAUCUAUACCCUAGUGCCAUUGUGUUCAUUCAGCUACCUUAGCUACCUGAUUGCCUAUUUUCUGAAGCCUUUCUUAACCUGGUCCCCCUGAGGCCUCCUGGUUCCACUCCAAUGCCUCUCAAAGGGCCGAGGUUGGGGAAGAUAGCUCUGAAGAAGUUCUGGGAAGCCAUGGAUGGACAGCUACCGAUACUCAUCUCUAUUCUAGGAAUAGGUUGAAAAGAAACUUUUUAACCUUUUUUAAAAAUAUGUGCAUAAUAGUUAUAGUAGUCAAACAGUGACCUUUUAAAUAUUUUUUACAGUACUGUAAUA